AUGCGCGCCUCAGGAGGUUUCCUCCUCUCCACCUCCCUCCUUCAACUCGUUCUCGCACAAGACCCUACCAACAAUGCAACACCCACACACCCACCAAACUUCACCCUCCUCGCCCCAACCCCCUCAGCUGCCCUCCUAGCAACAGACCCCAUAACCCUCCGCUGGGCCUACACAGACACAGACCUCAACACGAACCCACUCACAAUUGAAAUCGGGUACACGACUUCUGGCACCCUCGAGGCACACGUUACAGUGAAUGCCGCGGCGAGUCUGAGCUUGACGACGUUGCCUGCGGGGAUCAUCACGUCUGUUGCGCCGGGGGAGACGGCGGCGGUAGGGUUUGUGCUGAAUUAUCGGGAUGGUGAUUAUGAUGAUUCUGAGGAAGUAGAGUUAGGUCGGGUCGACGGGGUGAGUUUACUUGGUGGGGAGAACGAGGUCGUUGACGAGGAGGACUCGAAGCUCUCGACCGAGGCGAAGAUUGGGAUUGGGGUCGGAUUGGGGAUGGGGAUGUCGGCGGCGAUAUUCGGGGUGGUGUUUUUGAUUCGGCGACGGAGGAAGAGGAAGAGGAGGGAGAUGGAAAAGGCUGCUGCUAGUGAAGAUCAGAAUGGUGAUGAAGGUUCAGGUAAUGGAGGAGUAAAGGAUCCGGUUGAGAUGGAGGCUGUUGAGCGAGGACAUGGAAAAGCCGAGCUUGGAGCUGAGAGCGAGAAGGUUGAACUUGACGCCGGCGGGCAGCAAAAGGCUGAGCUUGACUCUGGGGAGCAGGUAAAGAUGGUGCGUCUUGCAGAGCUGGAGGAGAAGCCGGCAGUGACGACAAGGUAUGAGUUGGCGUGUUGAUG